CCAUCAUCUGCCAUUUUUCCAAUUUGAUGGACUCUGCAUUUCAAAGCCAGGCUCUUAACUGGAGCGAUGACGGAGCCGUCAUCGGUGGUCCAUCGGCUACUACCUGGUAGUCGGAGUUUAGAUCGACGUGCUUGUUUCUGUUAACCUUUUCUUUCUCCGCCAUCGAACGUUGAUAUAUAUACCAUAUACCCCCUACCUCGGUACCUAAUAUCACUGUAUAUGCUUUGACUUUGUCGGUUAUCUGGUUUCAGGAAUUGGUUCACGAUACAAUUGGCUAUCGUUCCUUGUCCAUUAAGUAUUUUCUAGAGGUUUCGUGCCGAUUCAGGCCACAAGACUUCCGCCGCGUGGGCGCCAGCUAUGCUGGCAAGCAGCAUAAGAAAGGGGGUUCUGGUCAGCAGCGUUAGAACCUAGACUCGGAUCUUAAUGUCGAACAGUCCACCUCGGGGGGAUCAACAUGUCACCCAGAUCCAACCGGACUUAACUGGCGCCAACUCCAUUGCGUCUACACACGAGGACAACAACAACGAUGCUUCUGAUUCAAGGCGGAGACAGUCGAGCCAUUCCUCCUCACCUCAUGAGUCCAAUGAUGACCCAAGAGCGAGACAUCAUACUUCUCCUCGAUCUAUCAGUCAUGGCAACUCGUUGGAGAGGACGUCGACCGCGCGGGAUGUCACGCGACCAUCGUACGACAUGCAAGUUCAACGCACCACAACCAGCGCGUCCUGGGCUGGGCCGGUACAUUCUGUCUUUACGAAGAAUCAGAAACGAUUCAUAGUGUUUAUGGCCGCAUGGGCCGGGUUCUUCUCACCCGUAUCGGCCAAUAUCUAUUUCCCGGCCCUGAAUCCGCUGGCACAAGACUUGCACGUGUCGGAUACGCUCAUCAACUUGACCUUGACGUCCUAUAUGAUUUUUCAAGGACUGGCGCCGACAUUCUUUGGAGACUUUGCGGAUGCUGCGGGCCGGCGUCCUGCAUAUGCCGUCUGUUUUAUUGUUUAUAUUGCCGCCAACAUUGGCCUCGCUUUACAAAACAGCUAUGCCGCUCUGUUUCUGCUCCGAUGUCUACAGAGUAGCGGAAGCAGCGCCACGAUUGCCAUGUGCAGUGCGGUCGUGUCUGACAUUGCCACGGCCGCCGAGCGCGGUAAAUACAUGGGCCUCACACUUGGCGGAUCUCUCCUUGGUCCUGCCAUUGGCCCUGUCAUUGGUGGUCUGUUGGCCGAAUAUCUCGGCUGGAGAGCCAUCUUCUGGUUCUUGGUCAUUUUGGGCGCGGCAUUUUUUGUGAUUUUUGGCGUUUUCUUUCCUGAAACAGCCCGGAAGCAUGUCGGUAACGGAUCCAUCCAACCACGGGGUUGGAACAUGUCCUUGAUGAACUAUCUGGCAGUUCGAAAAGAGCGCCGCAAAAGGCUCGAAGAAGCAAAAGAAGCAGAUCAAGACCAAGAGCAGGACCCAUCAUCAUCCACCCCCGAAGUUGAACUACCCGAAAGACCCAAAUUUCGAUUUCCCAACCCCCUACGGUCGAUGUACCUGAUCUUCGACAAGGAGAACGCGCUUCUUUUGUUCUACAACGCAUUUCUCUUCGCGGCCUUCUACGACGUCACGGCCGCCCUGCCUUCGCAACUGAAGAUAAUAUUUGGAUAUUCCGAGCUCCAAAUCGGUCUCUGCUAUAUCCCGUUUGGAUUCGGAUCCAUGUGUGCGGCCUUGACUAAUGGCCAACUGCUCGACCGCAACUUUGCCCGGUGGGCGAAGAAAUUGGGGAUGAAGAUCAAAAAAGGGAGGAACCAAGACCUCAAGAAUUUCCCCAUUGAAAAGGCCCGCUUGGAAGUCGCCCUCCCUGCCGCCUACUGCUCCGCCGCUUUGGUCUGUGUGUUCGGCUGGAUCUUACACAUCAAUGGUCCCUUGGCGCCUUUGCUCGUCGUGCUGUUUUUCACUAGCUUGUCCAUGUCCGUCGCGUUCAAUGUCACCAGUACUUUGCUGGUCGAUUUCUACCCGAAUUCCCCGGCCACCGCCACAGCGGCCAAUAAUGUCGUCCGCUGUCUCUUGGGUGCAGGGGCAACUGCCGCUGUCGUUCCGAUGAUUGAUUCCAUGGGUAGAGGCUGGACGUUUACUUUUUUGACGUUCUUUCUCGUUGCGACUUCCCCUAUGUUGUGGUUGGUUUACUUCCGUGGUAUGAAGUGGAGAAACGAACGGCUGCAGAAGGAAGAGCGAGCUGCAAAAAUCAAGGAGGCGAAUCAGAAUUCGGGCGAGACUGGGACUGCAAUGAACGACAGCAACAACGUCGGCAAGGAGGCCGAGGCUGUGGAAAGUAACAACACUUUUAACAACAAUGAGCAACCACCCGUCGAAGGAAACAUUUCAGAGAUGGCGGGCGUGGUUGAGAAGGAAAGAGAGGAGGAAAAGCCGCACCCGCACUGAGCUGCGGAUAUCUGUGACGACCAGUUGAGCGAUGCAACCACGAGCAAAGGUCGAUAGCGAUGGCUCUUACCAACCGGGAAAAACGUCACGAACAGUUCCACGUUCGCUCAAGGGUGCACCUCAGAAACCCAGUUGGAUUCCAAGCACUUCAAGUUGUGCUUGGGUAUUCUUGACCUGUGAUUGAUAUCCUUGCUCUGUACCUGUUCACGCUGGGGCACUUGGUGACAACAAAGCUGAAUGAUGUCCGGUUGCGAAGACGUUAUACAUCUGAUUUGGGAUGAUAGUUACGUGAUCUAUCCUAUAGAGCGUGGAGCAUUAGCAUCAGGAAUUUGAAUUUCAUGUUGGACAGAUAGGAGAGUGGACGGACUUGGGUGAAAAUAUACACCCCACCGUACUGCGUUAUCCUUACAUACACAAAUACAGUUUAUCCGUGCCUGGAGACUACACAUAUGUCGCAAGCUUUCUGCCUUCCGGUGUCUCCCACCACAUGGAUUGGUGCAGAUGCAUCAAGUGACAAGUGGUCACAUAAUUGUAAUCGUACUAGAUAGUAGGAGAAGGAUUUACAUAUAAUAAAAUGACAAAAGAAAAG